AUGAAGGAAGCAAUUGUCAACACCGACAUCUCCGUCACGGUUAAGGACUCGCCCAUCCCCACUCCGGGGCCCGGCGAGCUCCUCAUCAAGGUCAUCGUCUCUGGUACGAACCCGAAGGACUGGAAGCUCCCUCACUGGAUGAACACGCCCAGCAACUCUGGCGAUGACGUUGCGGGAACCAUCGAGGCCGUCGGUUCUGAGGUCUAUGAGUUCGCAAAAGGCGACCGCGUGGCUGGCUUCCACGUCAUGCGCACCGAGCACGGCAGCUUCGCUGAGUACGCUAUCGUCCCGGCCUUCUCUGCAUUUCACAUUCCCAAGAGCGUAAGCUAUGAGGAGGCGGCAACCGUGCCGUUGGCGGCGUACACGGCUGCUACGGCGCUCUUCCAUUCCCUUGAGCUGCCUUCGCCGUGGGAUCGGACGAGGGCGAAGAAGACGCCGGUUAUUAUUUACGGUCCGUGCUUCAGAGUCUUCGACACGGUCAGCGAGAACGGGUCGUUUGAGAUGCUUGGCAAGGCGAUCGCGGGCCCGCCUGAAGAGGGCACUGGUUUUAAGCCCAGGGUUACAACAGUGUUGCCGGGUAGGGAUUUUAGCGCGAUUGACAAGAGCGUCGAGGUUAUCACCACGAGUGUUGGACACGUACACGAGGAGGAGGGAGAGGGUCGAUUGUUUGGACUGAUCUGGGCCAGAGUAUUUGCUGAAGGAUUGAGGACGGGAUGGAUGAAGGCGCACCCAUUCGAAGUGAUCGAGGGAUUGCAGGGCGUUGAGCGUGCUCUGAAGGGGUUGCAGAAUGGAACCGUCCGUGCAAAGAAGAUGGUCAUUCGGGUUGCGGAGGGAAACUAA